AUGAAACUUGUGCCAACAUUGUUACUUGUGGCGGCUUCGAUCAGUCUGACUGAGGCGGCCACCACAGAACAGUUGAGGCAGUGGAUUCUCAACAAUCGAGAGAGUCUCAACGGACAGAACGACUUGGCUGGAAGCAUUUUGAGGUUGGUUUCGUUUCUGGACUUUGAUUUGUUGGUUCAAUUAUAUGUUAUUCUAGUUACAUGUAAGAUAAUAUUGUUUUAGUCAAUGUGCCAAGUCAUAACAAUUACAGUCUAAGCUUCGAAUGAUCCAGUUAUAGCUAAGCACCUUAGACUUGAAAUUCAACUAAUAGAUCAAAUAACAGAGACUUCUCUACCUAAUCCCAACUUCUCCACCUUCCUCGACUCUAUCCCUCUAGAGACCGGGGACCUACCCCUAAAAUAUGCAGCUCUGCUUCCAGACUCUUCGGAUGGGGAGCCGACAAAACGACGGAGUCUGUGCCGACCGAAGCCACGGAGCCGCCAACGACGCCCGAGCCGAAGUCUGCGAGUCGUGACGGUCAGUCUUUUGUUUCUCUCUAAUUAGGUGUUAACAGGCCCUGCUUCUUCUUGCGCAACGGGCCCUGCGUGCCUUUUUCUGUUUGCGUUUGUGAUAAGAAAAGGAUGGAAUAGGAAGGGAGGUGGACGCAUCAUCCAUAUAUUUGACCAUCGUGCAACGCCUGUCCUUUUGUCAUAACUUGUUGGCGGAUGGAUCACUGUAAAUAGAUUCGCUUUUAUCAAAACCAUAGAAAAUAAGGCCUGUUUACUUAAAAACUGUAGUUUUUCUAAACAAAAAAUCGCUGCACUACUGUAACCGAAGCGGUAAGAAAUAAUAACUCUGUAGAGAACGACACACUUGAAUCUUCCGUUUUGUUGUUUCUGGCUUCAAAAACCUACACUAUAAGAUCUACAACCUUUUUUUUGAUGAUUUCGACCGACAGUAUUUUGUCUGUAAGAGCUCCCAAGUACCUGUUCUUCACGAAAACAAGGGUCACACUCAAUCGCGGAGCUCCCAUUCCGUUCUUAUGCAUACAAGUUGUUCGAUCGUGAUCUUGUGUAUUGGAUUUCCCUCUCCCCUCCCAUUCCGUUCUUAUUUUCCUUUUUCUCAAUUGAUGCGCGAGAAGAAGCCACCCGCGUUAUGAAUGGGCACACACAAACAAUCAAAAUUUUGAAAAGCGAUCGAGUUACAAUUUCUCAAGUGCGUUUUCGUUUUAUAGGGACGAAAUAUUAGCAAAAACUGUACUAAAAUGAGGUUGAGAUUUUGAAUAUUAAAAUAUUAAAACAGUUAUGAAAUGUAUACACUUCUAAUUUUGUGUUGACUUGGUUUUUUGUGCUCUCACAAACUUUAUCUUUGUCACACUGACUGAUUUAAUCGGAAUCGAGUUGUUUAUGGGGAAAACGUUUGAUUUUCUGUUAGUUUGUGUGUCUAAAAGUCAAUUGCGACAUUUCUUCCAGAUAACUUUUUCUAACAGAAACCUUCAGAAAUCCAUGCAUUUCCUGUAAACGAUCCUUUUUUAAAUACACUUCAGUACACACUUCCUAACUUUCCGUUUAAAUGACUACCAACUUCUCUUCAUUUCCAGUCUGUCCGUUCUUUGCCGAACCACUCAUUCUGGCUAACGACUUUGCCUACUGCCGUCCCGCUUCUCUCGGAGACUGUCCGGUCGGAUACCUUUGCGAUCAGUCCGUCAAACUCGGACGGUCCAUUUGUUGCAAGGAUACGAGACGAGGAAUCGUUCCGAACGGAAGACCAGGUUAACUUUUUGUUCAGUAUUUGAGUUGUGUUGCACGUGCCUGAAGAUUUGUUAGAAAAAUGAGUACAAUUUUAACUUUUAAAAUAACAACUGAUUCAUAUUGUAGCCUCCUCUACUUUCAGCUCGUCCAACCCAACGUGUCCCACUGACUUGGAGCACUGUCACCCCGACGGCGGCUCCUUCGCAGCCAAUCCCAACCGCCACCUCCAGAAAAGCGCCAUGGUACAUCAAAGAUCGUACCGCCUGGCCGACCUACAACAGAAUCUCCGCUGAGAAGGCUCUUCAAAAGACUUCUACGACCACCACGACGACCACAGAAGAGCCAACUACAACCACUGCUGAUCCAACGACUACCACUACAACCACCACCACAACCACCACGGAACCAACUACCAUUACCACGGAGCCGACCACGACCACAACUACGGAGCCACCAACCACCACCACUACUACGACUACCACCACCACGACCGAGGCUCCGACCACUACCACGCAGAAAGUGAACUCGUGGGCUAAGCUCUGGACAUCAACUGCUGAACCGAAGAGCUUCGUAAACGUCACUGUUCUUCAGGCUGGAUCGGUUAGACCGCUUAGAGUGAGUUCUCGGUGACGUACUCAGGUAGCAACAACUGAAUUGUUUAGGACGGACAAGCCGAAACAGUCGGAGCCAUCACCCUUGUGAACGACAACGGAUAUAUUGUGCUCAUCGACACCGGAGCGAGCAGUGAUACCGAACGCUUGUUGCACAGUGAGUGUUUGCAGAAACUGGACGGGUUGCAGUUGAUCAUGUUAAAAAUGAAACACUAAAAAAAUCGUUUCCAUUUCCGCUUUCACCUCUUCCUUCCAACCCAUCAUCAUCAAUUUAAGAGGCCAGCAGAGGGGCGCUUCCUUUUCUUUCUGCCGCAAAGUAAUUCAAUUCUCUCCCCAAUGUGCUCCUGCUCCUCUUCUUUUAUGCAUGUCGUUUAUGCACUGGUUCGGUUCCUUUUUUCCCCUCAUAGCUUUUGGUUUGGUCGCCUACGGCUGAAGCUUUUCGAGCUCUGGUCACUGCCAAUUUGCAUCUAUCUUUUCUAAUCCAUUGUGACAUGUCCACUGUGAGCCAAAUGGACUGCUCCGUCGUCUUACUAUUCAGUCAGUUAUCAUUCUAACAUUGCACAUUGAUUAUUCACUCAUUUUUAUCAGAACAUAGUUCACAAACGUUGAAUAGAAGCCUAUAAGAUCAGGUCACUUCCUUUAAAAGUAUUUCACGGUUUCAGCAUUAGAAAUUACGUGACGGUUUCAAAAACAAGUUGACUUUUUGGAGAUCUAGGUCCUCACCCGGUCCCUACACAAAUUUGAAAUGGAAUGUGUAUGUUCGUCUGCAAAUCCCUUGUGGCGUCUACAUGGACACUUCAUUUUGGUCACGUACCUCUUUCUUUCCUCUUUCUUUUCUUGUCCACUUCAUCCGCCCGAAUUCGAUGUGAUCCGCCCCGCAAAUUGCAUUCAGCCAUUCAUCUCAACAUUGUCUGUUCUGCGUCUCCCGACUUCGCCUCCUAUUUCCCCUCCCCAUGUUGCAGCAGAAGCAUGAAACUCGAGAUAAGUGAGUUCGAGAUGGAGCCGCUCUCGUCGUGGUGCUCACCGGUUCGUACCCGUACUGUCGGCCUGUGCAUAGGCGUCUUCGACUUUCUCUUCCUCACCGCCACCUUCCUCAAGUCCGUGCAAUUCCUCCAACUCUACGGCUUCAACUUCUUCGCCACCGCUUCCGUUUCUUCGAUUGGUGUGCUCUACGCCACUCACAUCCUGUGCAUUCUGGCCUGUUGGUACGGUCUCGCCCGUCAGCGGUCCUCCUGGUUGGUGCCGAAGAUUGUGCUCAAAGUGACAACCGUCCUGAUAUGCGUGGCAAUUACUCUAAUCCUUGCCUUCUUCGUUUCCUCUAACUCCCCGGUCAUUGGCAAUGCGAUCGCACAUGGAUUCAACGCGGAAUACUAUGAUCACAGGGCUGUCAUUGACAUGGCAUGCCUUGUGAUCGUCGGAAUUUCCACUGCACUUUCUAUGGCUCAGGGAUGGCUUCUCGUCCUUUUAAUCAAUAUUUAUCGGCAAAUUCGAGAGGAGGAGCUCGAGAAACUGUGCGAGAAAGCUCUGAAAAAAAUAGCGAGGAAGGAGAUGAACGAGAAAAUGCCAACAAAGAAGAAGAACGGAGCAAAUGUAAAGAACACGAAGAGAAGCAGCCGGUUCUUAAUGAUUCCUGAGCAGCCGCUGGACCCUUCCGUCACUUUUACCACUUUUAUUUGAAUUCUAAUGGGUAAAUGAUUAACUGCUACCCCACCCAAUCCACCAAAACUUUAAAAACUAUCGAAUCAAAUAACUGAACACAUUCAGGUCUCGCCAAAGAGUCGGUAACUCUCGACCAAAUCGACAGCGUCGUCAUCACUCACGCCUCGCCGGGUCAUAUGGGCAACAUGAACUUCUUCGCGCAGAAGCCGAUUCUGUACCACUCGAUGGAGUACAUCGGGAGACACGUCACUCCGACCGAGCUCAGGGAGAGACCGUAUCGCAAGCUCUCCGCCAAUGUGGAGGUCUGGAAGACUCCGGGACACACUCAACACGAUCUUUCCGUUCUUGUGCACAACGUGGCCGGAUACGGAACGAUGGCCGUCGUCGGAGAUUUGAUCCCCAGUGAGCACUUGCUCAGCGAGAAGGUUAGAAAUAACUAACAGUUGUAUAGUUUCAUUCACUUUUGUUUCAGAGAGAUGUGAUGAGCGAGGAAGGAGUCUGGGACAAUGCCAUCAAGCGUCAGAAUGCGAACCUCAUCGUUUGCAUGGCCGACUGGAUAGUCCCGGGACACGGACAGCCGUUCCGAGUGCUUCCAACCUACAGGUAAUCUAACUGAUCUUUGAUUCGAGCCAUUUAAAAAACAAUUUAUGCUUCACACCUUCUAGAAUGUCUCGUGAUGUAGACUUGAAUCUUAGACGAAAAUUGCAAAGUUUUGGUUUCAAUACAAUUGUAUUCCAGACAAAAAGCAGGAUGCACACGACUUUUGGCUCAACGUCAUCUUUUGAACCAAGUCUAA